CCGCGGGCCGAGGCGGAGGCCGGUGCAGAUGAUUUUGAAGAAAAGAAGCCUAAUCUGAGAGGGAACAAGGCAAAAGUUUCAGCUGGAAAGAAGGGAGAGGACAGUGGUACUGGAGUCUGCAGCUCAGCAAGUAAGCCUUCAAAGCAGAAAGAGGUAAAAUUGCCAGUAAAAGAAGAAAGCAAGAAAACUACUAAAAGUAAAGGGAAACAUAGCAAAGACACAGUCUGCAGUGAUUCUCCGAAGGCCCCUCAGAGGGAGAAAAAUUUGAAGAGAGAAUCUCCUAUAAAAAAAGAGAUUGAUGAAGACAAUGCUGCUGCUGAUGAUGAAAGUGAAGAUGAAUGGGAGGAUGUGGAAGAACUCCAGGAACCUGUUACAGAUAAGUUGGAAGAUGCUGUUGUUCCAGCAGUGGUGCUGCCAAGCAAACCAGUUGAGAUAGAGAUUGAAACCCCAGAACAAGCAAAGAAUAGAGAGAGAAGAGAAAAAAGAAAAGCCGAGUUUGAGGUGUAUCUUCGGAGGAUGAUGAAACGAUUCAACAAGGAGAUUCGUGAGGACACGCAUAAGGUUCAUCUGCUGUGUUUAUUAGCAAACGGUUUCUAUAGGAACAGAAUCUGUAACCAGCCAGAUCUUCUUGCUAUCGGUCUAUCCGUCAUCCCCACACACUUCACGAAAGUGCCUGCAGGCCAAGUGGACCUUCCCCGUCUCUCCAACUUGGUGAAAUGGUUUGUGGGAACCUUCACUGUCAAUGAUGAGCUUUCUGUUGAAAAAGGAGAGCCCCUUCAGGCUACCUUGGAGAGACGCUUUGCCAUCUAUGCUGCACGAGAUAAUGAAGAAUUGGUUCACAUAUUUUUAAUUAUUCUCCGAGCGCUACAGCUGCUGUGUCGUCUUGUGCUGUCUCUUCAGCCUAUUCCUCUCAAGGAGACCAGAGCAAAGGGGAAAGGCUCCUGCAAGAGGCAGUCUCUCAGCAGCACCUCUGAGGGGCAGGAGAGCUCGGCCACAACACCCAAAGCUGCGGCAAAAAAGGGCUUCUGUGGAAAAGCCAAGCGGAAUGAGAAAUCCUCUGGCAGUGAAGACGACAAUCGGGAGCCAAAGAAACCAAGUUCUGCUCGGACAAAAAGGCCGUGCAGGUCAAAGCUGACUAGGGAAAGCCAGGAGCAGAGGGAAACUAAUAAUGAGGACUGCAGUUUAGGGGAAAAAGAUAGGCCAGCCAGACCCAAAAAUGACCGCCGGAGACGGGUGGCCUCCAAAGUGUGUUACAAAGAAGAGAGUGGCAGUGAUGAGGACAGUGUUUCUGACUUCGAGGUCUCAGAGGAGGAGAGCAGUCUUUCCGAUGAGGAUUUUGAAACUCUACCUAAAAAGCAGAGGAGGUCGUUGGGCUCCCAGAAGUCAAAGGUAAAGGCUGAUAAAAACUCGAAAACGAAGAUUUCAGAAUUGAGGCUACCCAAAAAUUCACAAGAAGCUGAGCCUAGACCAGCAAAAAACACAGCUACUGCCUUGCCUAAUGCACAGAGAAAGAGAAACAAAAUAAUUUCUAGUGACGAGGAUGGAGAGCAGGAGCUGAGGAAAGCGACGGGCACAGACCACUGGCUGGAGGUUUUCCUGGAACGUGAGGACAAGUGGGUGUGUGUAGACUGUGUUCAUGGCAGUGUUGGCCAGCCCCAGCUGUGCUUCAAGAACGCCACAAAGCCGCUCUCCUACAUUGUGGGGUUUGACAAUGAUGGGAGCAUCAAGGAUGUGACACAAAGAUACGACCCGGUGUGGAUGACUGUGACAAGGAAGAGCCGUGUGGGCUCUGAGUGGUGGAAAGACACCCUGAGGCCGUAUGAAAGUCCCUUUGUGGAAAGAGACAAGAAGGAGGAAAUGGAGUUUCAAGUUAAGCUUCAAGACCAGCCUCUGCCAACAGCAAUUGGAGAGUACAAAAAUCACCCCCUUUAUGCGCUCAAGAGGCACCUCCUGAAAUACGAGGCCCUCUAUCCCGAGUCAGCAGCUAUCCUGGGAUACUGCAGGGGAGAGGCUGUCUACUCCAGAGACUGUGUGCACACACUGCACUCCAAGGACACUUGGCUGAAGCAGGCUCGGGUGGUGAGGAUUGGAGAAGUGCCCUACAAGAUGGUGAGGGGCUUUUCCAACCAGGCGAGGAAGGCGCGCCUCAUGGAGCCUGCCAACCGCGAGAAGCAGGACCUGGCCCUCUUCGGCCGCUGGCAGACAGAGGAGUUCCAACCACCUGUGGCCGUGGAUGGAAAGGUUCCCCGGAACGAGUACGGGAACGUCUAUCUCUUCCUGCCGUCCAUGUUGCCGGUGGGCUGCGUGCAGCUCAGGCUCCCCAACCUCAACCGAGUGGCGCGGAAGCUGGACAUCGACUGCGCCCAGGCCAUCACCGGCUUCGAUUUUCAUGGAGGCUACUCACACCCCGUCACUGAUGGCUACGUCGUUUGUGAGGAAUAUAAAGAAGUGCUUAUUGCUGCCUGGGAGAACGAACAAGCAGAAAUAGAGAAGAAGGAGAAGGAGAAACGUGAGAAAAGAGCUCUGGGGAACUGGAAAUUGCUGACAAAGGGACUUCUCAUCCGAGAGAGACUGAAGCAGCGCUACUGCAGCAAGACUGAGCUGCCAGCACCUGAGGCAGAGAAAAGAGCCGGAUUCUCUUCUGAUGAAGAAGGAGGUCCAAGUUCAGAGACUGCAGCAGGGGACUUGGCUGCCUCUUGGCCUCAAAAUCGCCAGGCAGAGAAGCAGAAGAAAGAGAAGACAACCAGGAAGAGCAGGCGGGAAAGGAAAGGAGAAGCAGCACAGUUGUUUCCCUUUGAGAAGCUGUGACCAGCACAAGCUUUUCUCCACCGUUUCCAGAUGCCUGGACGCUGUUGUUACUAUAGGAGUAGGCUCUGCCAGUUAAGGACUUUUAGCCUUCCUUGCAUUUCUGAACCGUCAGGGACUAAACUUCUAGUUCAGCAUCAGAGUUUCUUUUGUUAUCACAGAAAACCACUUUCAACCUUUUAUGCUCGGAGUCGUGAGGAGCAGAGGUGCACUUGUAUCUUCUGAGAAGAUCACUAUAUAUGCAUAGCUGGGCUUUUUUACUACCUUUUGUACGUAUCACUCAGCGUGCUAAUAAACCUGUUUUCUUUGGCAUUCCUUUCCUUUUAACUGUCUUUUUCCAUUUUUCCUUUCAUUUUUUCCUGCUUAUCCAAACUAAAACUAGUUAACUAGCCGAGUUGAUGGAUAGGCUAAUUGGCUAAGUUCAGUCAGAUGCUUCCAUUCAUAUUGUAUCAAAAGCAAGGUAGAGUUCUAGUCUCACUAAUUACUUCUUUUAUCGCAGAGGGGGAAGCAUUUUCAGCAACGUGUGACGAAACGUUAUCAAGUACUUAGAGGAACCUGAAAAUGUAUUUGUUAAAGAAUAUCUGCUUUUUGUGAAAACUCAGAUUUGGCUUUUCAGCCCAGGAUCAGAAAUCUUGUAGAAAAGAAGCAGUCCUGUCCCCAUUUCAACCAUCAGGUUAAACAGAGCAUCUUAGGUCAUUUAACCAACUGUGUGUGUGCUUUUGG